AUGUUGGGACGGAGGGUUGUUGCAUAUGCACGAUGGCAGGUCCGCGUGGGGGACAAUCAUCUCAGAUCGAGAUGGUUGCAUUCGUCGGUGGCAUGUAGAGGUUUAUUAGAAAAGAGGGUUGAGGGUUCUUUGGUGAAGCCAUUGGGCGCGCAUAAAUGCAAAGUAUGGAGACGGGAUAUUGUUCUAGGGAGGAUUGGGUACUCUUCGGUUGCGGGGCAUGAAGGAGAAUCUCAGGCCGAGAAUGUAGCUACUGGGAGGGCAACGGAUGAAAUUUCUUCGACGAUAACAUCUGAAAAUGAAUUGGAGACUGUAUCAGAGGAAAUAACGACAUCAGAGACGGAAGGGGAAUCAGAAAUAAUAACAACUGCUGCAAUGACGGGGGGAGUCACAGAGCCGGUAUCAACAGCGGUCGAGGAAACGACUGAGAACGAAGUACCAGGCCGAUCUCACUCCGAUACAGAAAGUGCAUAUCUUGGAUCAGAUCCUCUGGGACUUCCAACCGAAGUUCCAGAAGUUCUAUCUUACCGCGACCCAAGUUCUCCAAUCCCAACGACUCCAAUACUUGACAACCUACCUCUCCCAGGUGCAGAAACCAAAAAAUCAUUCCCAUACUCAAUGCCCGAAACCUGCCCCGGCUGUGGCGCAAAAUCUCACUCAGGCGAUUUUCACGAACCAGGCUUCUACGGUCCGGAAGCCAAUAUGCCGACUCCUAAGUUCCCUUGGGAUCCAAAAUCACCGUUCCACGCUUCACCAAAACAGAAUCUAGAAACCAUUUACAAAGCUGCUUUAAGCCAGAUAUCUGAAGAAGUCAAAGAAAUUCUACGAGAAUCUAAUAUGAAACCACCAGUCGAUGAAGAGGAUGAGCCGAAAAUUCACAAAAAGAUCGACCGCCGGCAUCCAAAUAACCUCGUUAAGGACGAGGAAGUGCUCGAUGACUUUAUCCCUUACGAAAAUCUUCCAAGUCCUCAAUCGGCGGAGUCAGAAUCCUGGUUCGAGGCUUUAGUACCUGAGGACCCCGAACGCAAGGAAUUGGAAAUCCGAAGGAGAGCGCGGCAUACAAUUCUUUGCAAUAGAUGUCGGAGUCUACUUCAUUACCAAAACACAACCGUCCAAGGACCGGAUGCAACUUUCACUCAAGCAGCGGAGGUAAUCGCCAAGUCGCCGUUUAAAAGGAUACAUGUUUACCACGUCAUCGAUGCCGCAGACUUCCCGAUGAGCGUUCUCCCGAAUGCUAGAAAAGCGAUAUUGGCUGGACUAAACAACCUGAAAGAUGGAAAAAAGAAAGACGUUUCACUAUCCUUUGUUAUUACCAGGGCAGAUCUUUUGAUGCCAACAGAGCAGAAAGUCACAAGCCUGAUGACCUACAUCCGAAGAGUACUAAACAACUACCUAGACGACGCGGAUAAAGAAAAAACCUUAAAAGAUCUAAGAAUCGUCAGCGCAAAAAAUGGCUGGACCACAGAGAGGCUGAAAGACGAAAUUCGGGGGAGAAAGGGCGGUGUAGUCUUUCUAGGGAAGACAAACGUAGGAAAGAGCAGAUUGUACGAAGCAGUUUUCCCAAAGAGAGGGAAGAAAGAUUUGGCGGUGAAAAAGGGUUUUGGAAGAGGGGAUCUCGAAGAACAGGCAGAUUUCCUUGAAGAUGAUUUUGACUUUUAUAUUCAAAAUGGAAGGAGGGUUAAACACCCAGAGAUGCCUCUAGCGAGCAAGGUUCCGGGGACGACAGUCGGCCCCAUCGCUAUUGAUUUCGCAGCAGGGAGAGGACAACUAAUCGACCUACCCGGGUUUUCGAGGGGAGGCUUGAUGAAAUAUCUGAAACAAGACUACGUCAAACAAACUGUGAUGGUCGACAGAGUUAACCCUGAGAGGUACAUUGUACCCCCAGAAAAGACGUUCUUACUAGGCGGCCUAGUAACUGUACGACCAUUACAACCUGAGAAAGGUCGACCUGUUACACUAGAAGUAGCAGUAUUUUCGAACGUCCCCGGCCAUGUCGCGAAAGAAGAGAAGGUCGAGGGCUUCCUAAACCCCGAAUCUGAUUCUACAAGUCCGAAAAGAGACUUUUUAUGGGCAAGAAAGGCAGCAGUAGAAAGCUUUAAGUCCGCUGGUACCUUCAAACUCACAGACGAUGUUACAAAAAGAAGAAGUGGACCUCUAGUCGAAGGAAUGGGAGAGGAUCAUUUUAAGAAGGUGUCCUUCAGAGUCUAUGCCACAGAUAUUGUAGUGGAAGGCUUUGGAUGGCUGGAGAUAUCGGCGCAGGUUGGAAAGGAUGACCCUCAGCCGGAGAUUGAGGUUUUGUCACCAAACGGAGAGAGUAUACUCCAAAGAGAGACUAUGAAGGCAUACCAAGAAAAUUUGAAAUCUGGACCAAAGGCCGCGCCAGGAAGCCGACCGAAGAAGUCAAUGAGAGGUGCAAAGAAGGCACAGAAGAAAGAGUUCAGGAAACUAAAGAGUCAGGUCAAUCGAACGAUAUUGUGCACAUCAGUACACCAAGCAUCUAAGACGAGGUUGGCACCAGUGCAGUAUUAUGAGAGUCGUCGCGCUAAGACUGCUCCAAUAUAUUCCAACAGGCAAUUCCGGUCGCCCGUGUUGACCGGUCGUUAA